AUUCUUAUAAAGGAAAACAUUUAAUUGGGGUGGUUCGCUUACAGUUCAAAGGUUCAGUCCAUUAUCAUCAUGGUGGGUGGGACAUGGCAGCAUGCAGGCAGACAUGGUGCUGGAGAAGGAGCAGAGUCCUAAAUCUUUCAGGCAACAGGAAGCGGUUUGAGUGUCACACUGAGCGUGGCUUGAGCAUAUAUGAGACCUCAAAUCCCACCUCCACAGUGACACACUUCCUCCGACAAGGCUACACUCACCGCAACAAGGCCACACCUCCUGAUAGUGCCACUCCCCUUGGUGGGUAUUUUCUUUCAAACUACCGCAAUCCACAUAGACAAAUCCAGAGUAUGUUUCUAUGGUGAUUUUAAAUCCAAUCAGUAAGACUAACCUUCCCAUCGAGGAAUACAUUUUUACACAGUGGACUUUCAUGCUGAGGCUUGCUGCCCAUGCAAGGCAGCACAGGUUACUAGGAGCCAGACAUGUGAAGGUCUGAGCCUGUUCAUGAAAGAGUAGAAACAGUGGCCUCAAUGCCCUAAGAGAGACUGCAGCCAGGCCUUGGUAAGAGUGAUUCUCUGUGGUCUUGUAGCAGGGACCCUGCUCUGAGCUCAACCUUCUUUGAGGCCAAAAUGGCUUCCCUCAUUCUGAGGUUAGCUCAGCAGUCAUCCCUUCUAGAGCAGCAUCCAACACACACACACACACACACACACACACACACACACACACACACACCCCACCACGACCACCACAACCACCACCACCAAAAGCUACACCCUCUGUAAGAGCGCUCCCCUUAGUUUUCUGUAAUUCUAGCAAAUACUUCAAGUAUUCAGUGGGAGCAUGACUUUUCAGAUAAAGGGAAAGAGUCUCACCUGGGCAAGCCUUGAAUAUUUCUGAAAGUGGCUGAUGUGAAUAAGUGUGAAGCGCUCAGUUUUUAUUUGGUUUAAUUAUGUACUUUAAUGUAUGCAUGUGUGACUUUUUGCUGCACACGAGUGGGCACCCAUAGUGUGGGUCGUUGUGCAUUCACAGAGGCCAGAAGAGGGCUUCAGCCCCCCUUCACCUGGAGUUACAGGCCACUGUGGAAUCCCAGGCUUGUUACCUGGGAUCUGAACUCCAAUACUUGUGCUUGCACAGCAGGUGUUUCUAACCACGGGGCCAUCUCUCCAGCCCAAUCACCACAGUUUCUUCUGUGACAUGAAAAUGGUAAUGUAAAAUGGCAACAAACCUUCAGGCCUAUAAUAAAUCAAUCUGCUCUAAACGCCUCCAGGAGAACCUGCUGUGCCAGAGGCUGGUCUGUCCCAGAGUGUGAGAUUUCCCUCUAGCUGGCUUCCAGGGGCUGCUGGUGCAGACACCACACUCUGGGAACCUGUUUCUGAGAUGUAAACAGAAGCCCAGUGUAAGUACAAGGUUAGGGUCCUAGUAAUGACCUCUAGGCAUUACCUCUAGGUAGGUAAAGCAUCCCUUUAGAGUCUCAAGGAACACUACCCCGCCCCAUUCUCCGCUCACUAAGCUCCCCAGCAGGACCUGCACUUCUAAGUCCAGGCACAGGGUGGCGCCCUAUGUCCACACUUAUCCACUCAGAUCGCCAGAGGUCCUGCAGAGAGAGGUGACCUUCAGUUUCACAGGAUGUUCAGGCUGUAGGUCCUCUCACACUUCUGAGCAUAAGGACAGGGACAGGGCCGUGCCACAUGCAUAAGUUGUGUGUUUGAAUGCUGACUUGAGCAGAAGGGCAGCUUGUCCACCAGUCACCCGAGAGACACUCAUGUUCAGCUUGUCCACCAGACACCCGAGAGAGACACUCAUGUUCAGUCUGUCCACCAGUCACCCGAGAGACACUCAUGUUCAGUCUGUCCACCAGUCACCCAGAGAGACACUCAUGUUCAGUCUGUCCACCAGACACCCGAGAGAGACAUACAUGUUCAGUCUGUCCACCAGUCACCCAGAGAGACACUCAUGUUCAGUCUGUCCACCAGUCACCCACGAGAGACACACAUGUUCAGGCCAAGCCAGGGUAGGCUGGCCUGUACUGAGACUUCUCAAUGGCUCUGUGUUCUUGGCAGCUCCUCGGGGCCCUGACCUCUAUCCUAUACUGCACUUGGCAAUGUUGUUUCCUUGAAGUAAAAGGCAGACCAAGGAGGGGCAACCACUGCCCUGCUGGAGUAGCAGGAUAGAGACCAUUUCAGGGGAGGAAUCAAGAGGGUUGGCUUGUGCCUGAAAAGUUCUGGAAGGUCAGAAAGUCUGGGGGAGUAUGGGAAGGGAGUGGAGGGGUAUAGCUGGUGUGGCCACCUGGGCUCUAGAGGGCCUGUGAACUCUCUGGACUAUAAUUCCUUGCAUUGCCCACCCAUUCCAACAAGCCCUCACUGAGGCCUCACCCACCAUGGCUAGGCUAAGAGAUGCUGGGAAGCUUGAAGCUAUGGAGGAUGGUAGGUCUUUCUACCCCAUAUCCUGUUUGAGGUGCUUUUGUAGUGUUGGGCAUCAAGGCCCGGACCUUCCACUUACUACUGUGUUAGUAAUGGGAAGAGGGUGGGUCACAUGGAAACACUCUGUCCCAUCUUUACAACUUUUCUGUAAGCCUAAAACUUCUCCUUAAAAAAUAAAGUAGCAGACAGAUCGGAAACAGGAGAGAUUCACUUGUCUCGACAUUGCUAACAGAACUUGGAGUCACUCUGAGAAGGAAGCAUGAUGCGGGUCUAGGGCAGUCUUGAGAGCUGAGGACAGUCCUGCCAAUGGCCAGCAGAAAAUGACCCAGGCCCCAAAGAGCAGAGAUGGGAACCUAUGCCAGAAGCCGGCCUGUGACAGGUUAGGGACAGGUCUUACUUGUAAGAGAAGAAAUAUCACUGGUAGUGCGAGCCUCUCAACAAUUUGUUCAGGUUCACAACCUUAUCCAUGACUGGACCCCAAGGCUAUAAUUAAAGGUUUAGGUGGAAGGGAUUAUUCCAGAGGAGGGAAGCAGCUCCCCCUACAAAGCCUGAGGCUGGAAUCUGGAGCUCAGUGAUGGUGAAAAUAAUAUUUAGGACACUUCCCUACCAAAGCCCUCCCUCUGACCUCCUUGGACUUGGCUCCUUGCUGAAGACUGGACUGGGGGAGCUUAAGGAGGAGUCCCAUGUACACAGCAAAUGUAGUUUCCAGGAAAAGAAUAAAAAUAAAGUUCCUAGUGAAACAGAUUCACAUUAUCGUCAUUUCUAAGCAAAUAAGGGCACAAUUGUUUCCAGCAAGGGUUGUGACCAUGGCCAACUCUAGGGGCGCAGACAAAAGCCAAGGAUGAGGCUGAAUGCUCAGUGAUCACGUCUCAUCUUGGGCUUGGGCUCAUACUAAUAUUGUCUGAAAGCAACCAAGGAACACACUGGGCUGUGGCCUUUAUCAGCUGUGACAAUACCCUGGACCUUCUGAUAACGUAACAUUUUCCCUGCAGGUGACUCAGCUUUGUAUCCCCAAAUCUCGCUCAGAGCCUGGUGGAUCUAGCUAUACACCAGAAACACCAUCUAUCCUUGCAUCUCCUUGCCCAACUGAUACCCACCUACUCACUCGUCCAUCCCCAUUGCUGACACUGGCUGAACAAGUCUGCUAAGCUAGAAACUGCUCUAGGUUCUGAAGUUCACAGAGAAAACAGACAUGACACUUUCACUUUAGUCCGAGGAACACACAGUGGAGCACGGUACACUUCAGAUGUCAUCUGAACAAAGCCUCAUGACUGAACAGAUACGUGAGACUAGAAGGGAAAGUGUCCAGUAAAGGGGACUAGUGUGUGUUGACAAUGUUGGGUACAUCACUCGGUCUUGGGGGCUGUGGAAGAGGUAGUGCAUGGAGCCUGGUGCAGAAUGUAGAGCAUAGGUCGUAAUGAUGACUGCUUUCCAAGAAUUGUCUGAGAUAAUGUAGAGAGAGGCCAAAGUAGAGAUGGUUUAGGUUAGAUCUUGGGAAGAUGGGGAGUUUAUCUCCCUGAGGUGUGGCACUAUGGGUGGGUUGGGAGCGGAACGUGAACCCCCCAGAGGGAAGAGGCUGCUGCUGGGGAAGGAACACUUGAGGGCCAGAGAACUUGGCCCUGAGGUGCAGAGAGCCAGCAGUGGUUAAUCCAUCCCAGAUCACAACCGAGAAGCUGGCAGUGCUAACACAGCCUUGUCCAGGGCCACAGGAGGUCUGAAAAGAUCAGAUGGAGACCUGAAGAGCUUGGAGCUAACCAGAGGUCAGGAAGAGGCUGAAGGAGAUUGGGAGGAAAAGCAGCAACCAAGCAAAUCAAGGCUGAGACCGUGCUGGAAACCUGGCCUUUGCAUUUGGCAAGUCAGGUGGGGGAGAGGAGGCAGCUGCUGCCUGGGGACAGAACAGACAAGCACAUGGGAGGGGGAGGGGGGUCUACACCGGGAAGAGGGCGACAGGGAGCAGGAUAACACAGCACUAGUGCACGUCUGGGCAGAAAUGAGCAGCAUACUAUCUGCAGACAGGCCAGGGUGCCGAGAGCUCACCCAGCCUGCUGCCUUGACUGCGGACAGACAUGGCUCCUGCCCACAGAUGGCACUCAGAAAGCGCCUGCUCUGUUGUACUUCUGCUCCUUUGCAGCACAGCUGUGAGGCCAUUCACCACGCAGAGGUAUAUGGCUCCCCGUAGGAACUCCCCAGCGGUGCCUCAACCUACAAUGAAUAGACUCAAGACAAUAGGGCUAUUGGUUCAGUGUACCACGUGGGAAUGGGAAGGCCAGUGGUUCACCCAGGAACAUGUCACAGAACGUCAAUGCAGGUUCUGUAUGUUACUGUUUGGCUGAUACCCCAAGAUUUUUUGUUGUAGCUUUGUUUUGAGACAGGGUUUCUCUUUGUAGCCCUAGUUGUCCUGGAACUCUCUCUGUAGACCAGGCUGGCCUCGAACUCACAGAGAUCCACCUGCCUCUGCCUCCCGAGUGCUGGGAUUAAAGGCAUGCACCACCACACCCAGCUGAUACGCCAAGAGUUAAAGUUUACUUUUAAAGUAUGCCACAUCUCUUGCAUUUUAAGCCUGACUUUCCUGGGCCUAUCCCAGUAAGGUCUUUUUUCUGCAAAGAAGUGAAUCUUGUUCAGAAGGGCCCAUGUCAUAUACCUACAUUUUGAGGGGCUCACAGCAGGAUCACGGGGCAGACUGGUUCUCUCCCAGCUACCAACAGGCACUCUUUCUGCCAAGUCUUGUGACAGGAGACAGCUGCAGUUCCCCAGCCCAGCUAUAAAAAGCCCUAACUGCCCAAGUGAGCAGAGGACGUGUAGCGGGCACCCAGGGUACCUCUUUGGGGCCAAGGAAGGAGCGCAACCUGAGAAUCAUGCCAAGGCUUCGCCCUGUCCUGCGGCUGCUCCAAGCUCCUGUGAAGUAUACAGUGGUUCCCAAAGCCCAUAUCUCUGCCAAGCCAGCCCAAACCCCCACUUCCGCUAUGGAGCAGGCUGUGGGGAUCAUGACCAUAUUCGUCGGCUUCAUGGUUCCUGCAGGAUGGGUCUUAUCUCACUUGGAGAGCUAUAAAAAAAGCUCCACAGCAUAAACUGGCACAGCCCUGAAAGAUUAAACUCUUCCAUCCACCUA